CAGAAAGAACAGUAAAAAUGCAGGCAGGGCGCCGGACAAAGCACUCGGGACAAAAUUGAAUUUUUGAAUGUCACUUUUUCACAUUUUUGAAUUUCCCGCCAGUUUCCGUUCCCAUGUAUUCCCGACGUCGCAGGGAACGGAACCCAGAUGACAGAUGCCGGCAUCCGCCGGAUUACAUUACCGGGGACACUGCAGGAGGGACAUCGCAGGAGCGAAGGACAAGGUAAGUGCUGGAGGGAAUCCCUGAGCAACGCUGCAGAGUAUUCCCGAGUGUAGCUCAGGGUUACCGCUUGUGGU